AUGUCGCAUCAUGGUAAUGAAAACCUGCCGGUGCAAGUAAACGUUUGCACGAUAUGCCGUGACAGUCUUUCGGAGGGCGAUGAUAUCUUAACGACAGCUUCCGCCCACAUAUUCCACCGCACUUGUCUGUUAGAUUGGUUGAAGCGCAAUUCUACUUGUCCUCAGUGUAGAGCUAGGAGCAACAGUAGAGAAUUCUCUCGUACUGGCCUUCGAUCACGCCCACAUCCACCCCCUAUCGCCAAUAGUCACAACGCGAACACGAAUGUGCAACCCUUUUCAAACUCUCAACUUGAUACUUUGGACCUUCAAGGAGCUGUAGGCCCGCCUUUGGAAAAACAAGCCGUUAGCGCUAAUGCUAUUAACGACGGCGAAGAAGCCCGCUUACAUAACAUUGUUGGGGCUGUAAACUCCGCUAGGCAGGCAGCGAUGUUUGAAAAUUUAGACGAUCGAAUUGCUAGAUUAAUUGAGCAAAAGCGUGAAGAUUCGUUAACUAAUGUGUUAGGCAGAUUAAACUUAAAUGUUGUUCGGAACAGUGCACCCCUGGCUACAGUGCCACCACCCCCAAUUACAGUAAACGCUAGUCAAAUCGAAAUUCCGUCCCUUCGACGCCUCUUUGGACUCGAGAUAACUCCAAUAACGUAG